AUGAGCCCUAAUGGGUCCUCAUCUCACCGUUUCCUUCUCCUCUCAUCCCAGUUCCUCUCCCAGCUGCUGGGGUUCCUGAUCAGCGUGGUCAGCUCCAUCUUCUGUGGCCACCUGGGGAAAGCUGAGCUGGAUGCCGUGUCACUGGCUGUGUCCGUUAUCAACGUGACAGGCAUCUCCAUCGGGUCUGGUUUAGCCUCAGCAUGUGACACCCUGAUGACCCAGACGUAUGGCAGCAAGAACCUGAAGCAGGUGGGCACCAUCCUGCAGCGGGGCACCCUCAUCCUGCUGCUGUGCUGCUUCCCUUGCUGGGCACUCUUCGUCAACACUGAGCAAAUCCUCCUGCUCAUCCGACAGGACCCCGAGGUCUCCAGGUUAACUCAGGUCUACGUGAUGAUCUUUAUUCCAGCACUUCCUGCGACGUUUCUGUACCAGCUGCUGACAAGAUAUUUACUAAGUCAGGCGAUCAUUCUGCCUCAGGUGUUGACCGGGAUUGCAGCCAACAUCCUCAACGUGGCCAUGAACGCCUUCUUCCUCUAUGCACUGAAGCUGGGCAUGGUGGGCUCUGCUUGGGCUAACACUGUUUCUCAGUACACCCAGGCCAUCCUCCUCUUCCUUUACAUGUGGUGGAAGAAGAUCCAUGUGAAGACCUGGGGAGGUUGGAGCAGGGACUGCCUCCUGGACUGGGGCUCCUUCAUCUGGCUGGGAGUGCCCAGCAUGAUCAUGAUGUGCAUUGAGUGGUGGACCUUUGAGAUUGGGGGCUUCUUGGCUGGGCUGGUUAGUGUGGUGGAGCUGGGUGCACAAGCCAUCAUCUAUGAGCUCGCCUGUGCCGCCUACACGGUGCCUCUGGGCAUCAGCGUGGCUGCGAGUGUCAGGGUGGGCAAUGCCUUGGGAUCGGGGGAUGUGGUGCAAGCCAAGACCUCCUGCAUCACUGCACUGCUGUGCACAGGAGUUUUUGCUGUGCUGGUUGCAACUUUACUGGGAAGCCUAAGGGGUGUGGUGGGAUACAUCUACACCAAUGACAAGGAGAUCGUUAACUUGGUGUCCAAAGUGAUGAUCAUUUUUGGUCCGUUCCACUUGUUUGAUGCGACAGCAGGGACCUGCGGGGGAGUGCUGCGGGGCACUGGGAAGCAGAAGCUGGGUGCCAUCGCCAACGCCGUCGGAUAUUACACCCUGGGCCUGCCCAUCGGCAUCUCACUGAUGUUUGCAGCCAAGAUGGGGGUCUUCGGUCUGUGGGUUGGGUUGAUCAUUUGCAUCUCUGUGCAAGCCCUUUCCUUCUUGGCUUUUGUCAUCCGCAUGGAUUGGAAGAAAGCUGCAGAGGAGGCUCAAGUCCGAACUGGAACAAAAGUACAACUGGAAGAUGUGAACUCCAAUGGCACAGCUGCUAACAAAACAUCUGCUGUGGAUUACACCUCUGUUGACACGGACACCGUGGACACCGUGGCCUUGCCUGAAAACAUCGUGGUGGGUGAGAGGCAACCUGACCAUGAGCUCAUCACACAGGAGGAGCCCGUUGUUGUUGUCCCUGCUCCUCGUGCCAUGGCGUGGAGGGCCCUGAUCCUCCGCCGUGUGCUGGCUGCUGCUGCUGCUGUGGCUGUCCUGCUGGUGGGCAUCCUGGUCCGGCUCCUGACUGGCAAUGGCUAGAGCCAGUGACACUGGGGAGUGUGCACAGAGCAGGAGGGCACGUGGUGAUGUCCCAGGAGGAUGGUGCGGGGAAGGAAUUCCCCCUCACUUCUUUACAAAAAGUCCCUUUACUCAGUUUCUGGUUAACUCACAAUGUUUUGUCCCACAGUCAGAGUUCUUAGAGGGGGUGAAGAUGUGGCACUUGGGAAAAAAAGUGCUUGAGAGCUGGUUCCUCUCCUGCGUUGCACUGGGAUGUCACUUGUGAUAGGCGGGAGCGUAUCCCGGGGCUGACCCUGGGAGGAGACAGGGUCCUUUUGCUGCUGUCCUGCCCCCUGAGGGCAUUUGUCCAUAUCAUUUGCUAAUGGCAGGGGCUCCUGCUGCCCACAGCACAUUUCCUGGCCUGUGCCAGCAUCUUGCCGUGGCAGAGCCCACUUGCAGCUGCUGUGGCAGCGCAGGGCAAGGUGGAUUCAGCUGGAAGAUGUCUGGCUGCCAUUUGGGUGCUGGCUGCUGGCCCCUGGCCCCGCUCCCUCUGUGGCGGGGCAGGCACAGGGCCUAAAGCAACUCUUCUUUGCACUUUUGUAAGGUGGGAUUUUGAUACAAUGAAGUUUUCUGAGUAAAUGUUGGGCUGUUUAAUGUGGUGUGUGCAUGACCCUGGUCAUUGGCAUGACUGUGCUGUUAAGAGGAAAGACAUAGGUCUGGUUUGUGCAGCCUGACAAAGCCUCAGGCUUCUGACCCUGAGGUUUGGGGCUGGCUCUGGGUAUAGUGUUAUCACUCUGCUCCCCUCGAAUACAAAAGCAAGGUUUGUGCUCCUCAAUUGCUUUCUGCACCUCUGAGUGCCAGGGAAGAGGGUGGAUGUGUUGCACAGCCCUCCAGAAACACCAAAGAACUGCCAUAUGUCAUAAUGCAAAACCCCCAUCCCUGCCUGCCCUCAGCACUGGGUCCCUCUGGCCCUGUCCCAGGCUCUUACCUGCAGCUGAGUGACUGAGACGUGGCACAUGCUGGGCCCUUGGAGGUAAAUCCCGUGUAAAGCAGAUGGAUGGCACCUCCCUGUCACCCUGGCUCGGGGUGCUGGUUACCUGUGGGCUGGGAAUGAAAAGAUGUGAUGUAAACGAGCUUGAAACUGCCAUCAUCCCCAACACCCAGGGCCUCUGCCCAGCUGUGGGAGGUUGU